AAUACAUUUAUUUAUAUUACAUCGCCCCGCACACACACACACCCCCGUCCACAAAAUAAUUGACCCUUCCUCAUUGCAAAUGGUGGAUUCGUCCAUUUUUAGGUAGAUACAACUUUAUAGAUAAUUCUCUAAAACUUUUAAAACGUCUUCAAAUAACUUGUAAUUAUGAUCCGUUUUAUUUAGUAAGCUCCCGUUUGAUAACGAGUUUAUAUAAAUAGUUCUAUGAGCAUAACACGGGUGGAGGAUUGGCGUUGGCGUUUUCGGUUGUUCCCCCCUCCGUCUUGAGGAGAAAUGGUACAUCUCGGUGAUGUCACGCCCCCAUUCGGAUGCUAAAGCGUUAGCUGAGGACGGUUGUAUUAUUGUUUACGUCCGUGAAACGACGCGAUGGGGAAUGAAAGAGAAGGAAAACUAUUAAAAUAAAAGUAGCUCUAAGUCAUGAAAGUGAUGGAGUUACGCAACGCGACCCGGAGACAUUUAGUUCUAAGGAGCGGGAGACGGAGCUGCAGUAGAAGCGCCAACAUGAAGCGGGACGACGUGAAGGUUCUGAGGUCCCUCACAGACGCGACACCCCGCUUUACCUCAGGCUCGUCCGCGCGUGUCCGCCUGCAGAAGCCCGUCGUGCUCAUGGCACCGCGGUACAACCUGCUCCGGGAGGUGGGGCGGGGAAGCUACGGGGUCGUGUACGAGGCCGCGGCCCGGAAAGGCGGCGCACGGGUGGCGGUGAAGAAGCUGCGCUGCGACGCUCCGGAGAAGGUCGAACUGGCCCUGGCUGAGUUUUGGGCCUUGGCGAGUUUGGAGAAGAAACACGAGAACAUCGUGCAGUUAGAGGAGUGCGUGCUGGAGAGGAACGGCAUGGCGCAGAAAAUGAGCCACGGGAACAAAAGAUCCAAGCAGUAUUUACGUUUAGUGGAAACUUCAUUAAAAGGUGAGCGCAUCCCUGGUUAUCCUGAGGAACCGUGCUACCUCUGGUUUGUAAUGGAGUUCUGCGAAGGUGGGGACCUGAACCAGUACAUCCUCUCACGGCUGCCGGACCCACGAACUAACAGGAGCUUUAUGAAGCAGCUGACCAGCGCCGUGGCUUUCCUACACAAGAACAACAUCGUCCACCGUGACCUCAAACCUGACAAUAUCCUGAUCUCACACAGAUUCGGCAAGCCCAUCGUCAAGGUGGCCGACUUCGGACUGAGCAAGGUGUGUGCCGGGCUCGGGUGCGUAGAACAUGGGUCUGAAGGCCACAUCGAAAAGAAUGUCAACGUCAACAAGUUCUGGUUGUCGUCAGCAUGCGGUUCGGACUUCUUCAUGGCGCCCGAGGUAUGGGAGGGCCACUACACGGCGAAGGCGGACAUCUUUGCGCUCGGCAUCAUCAUCUGGGCUAUGCUCGAGCGGAUCACGUUUAUUGACGGGGAGUCGAACCGUGAGCUCUUGGGCACGUACAUCCGUCAGGGCAGUGAGAUCGUGCCAGUGGGGGAGGCGCUGCUCGAGAACCCGAGGAUGGUUCUACACAUCCCACAGAAGCCACGUAGCUCCAUGUCCAACGCGGUCCGGACGCUUCUGCACGACAUGCUGGCCGCGAAUCCGGAGGACCGACCGGACGCCUUCCAGCUCGAGCACAGAAUGGACCAAGUCACGUGUGCCACAUGAACCAGAACAGAUGAACUCCAAGCUGAGUUUCAGGGCCGAGAGCGGCGCGAGCGCCCGACUGCUCGGGGAGACGGAGGGCAGGAUCUCAGAAGCACGUCUCAGUACGAGGACAGGAAAUUAAAAUCUCCAGUUUGUGAUGGAAAUCAGCCCAGGGCUCAGAAAUCCAACAAACGAUCGUGCCUGACGUUUCUGCAUGUCUGCUCUUCAGUUCUUUUCAGACUUAAAUAGAAGUAAAAUAUAUAUAUAUUGUUUAAUUGGGAAAAAAAUGCUUUUCUGUUGUAUCGGUCACGCCAUUAUUCGGGACCACGGACAGGAGAAGAGACGACAUGUUGCACAUUGUUGUGUUCGUCACCGCCGCGCUUUCCACAACAAAGAGCGGACGACGUCACGGAUUCUACGAUGUUCUUAGGGAUAUUGAAGAACUUUUCAGGAGUCGGCGUGGGAGUAAGAACAGUCAUGGAAAGACGUACUGUGAACAAAGUAAAGAGAACACUUUAUCCUGUGUGUGUGUGUGUGUGGGGGGGGGGUAGGGCUCAACAGCAGCUUCCUGUUUCAUGACAUUACUCCUGUGCCUUAUUUCCUUUCUUUUUUUUCUUUUUUUUUUAUAUUUGUCUCAGAUACACAUCUCACUUACAAAAAAAGGACGACACUUUACAAAAAGUUUUCAGUGCUCUCUGGGAUUUUAUUUUUAUGUACUUUUUAAGUUUUUUUUUUUUUAAUUUUAUGUAGAAACAUUUGCAUAUUCUAAAAUAUGCGCACAUUAAUCGUUUGUUCAUACGCAGGAUAACGAUCCGUGUCACGAUUCGGUCAUCGCGUGUCUCCGCACAUACAGGAAAUCCGCGAUGUACACGACUAUUUAAAUUAGCUUCCAAAGUUUAAAAACCACCAUAAUGAAUGUGUCGAAAUGAAACUGCAAGAAAAACAAACAACAAACAACAAUCCACACGAUUAACGCUGUUCACGUGGAAACCUUAAAAAUGACCUAUUCAGAAAUAUCAGUCCUCAUGUGAACUUCCACCAUCAUCAGCUGCGUGUUCACGGAGACCGCUCUGCUGCAAAGCUUUCUCUAAAACCAACGUACCUGUGUCACGUCAGGUCGACCAGCCUUAGAACAAAAUAACACUAAAUGACCAACAGUAUAGCCCCUCAAACCCCCCACCCCCAUGACCGUUACACCCCGUACGUGGCUCUGCUUCAAACUGUCACAACAAAGCUAAAAACACACACAAUUGUCACGAAGAGCUUUGUAUGCGUCAGAUUUACAGUUUAUCUUUAAUGGACCUAGGGUUAGAUUCCCAAACGCCGCUCCAGCAUGACGAUGUCCCCGCGCGGGCACAAAGCUGGACCACGAAGACGUCUCAACAUCCCGACAACGAACGAACACUAAUUCCCACAGAAACGCUCCGACGUCUAGCGGAAAGUCUUCCACUAAAUAAUCAUACAGAGUGGAACGAACAAAGAACGAGACGUUCACUAAGAUCGUAACGGUGUAGUGGUUGGGGGUGCACAUACUUUUGUGCAUGUCGAAAACAGUGUUUACAGACAAACGUGUGUCUUUAUAAGCUUUCAGUUGUGUAAAUUAUGAAAAGGGAAAUCGGUGGCCUCCGAUUUGGGGAAUUCUAUUUCAUCGACGGUUUAAACGGACACUUUUUAUGAUUCUUGGGAAACCGAGUCAGUAGAAGUUGUACAUUGAAUGUGAACUCGCUGCUUCCCCCUGAACGCGUCUGACGACGGUUUCUCUUUCUGACAAGGUUCACUUUCUGGCUCGUGUUGUGAAAGGGUUUAUUUCCUGGUUUACUUGUUCAAUGGUUCUACCUCAUUUUUUUCACAUUUUUUUCCCGACAUGUUCGCUACGGAACGUACGCUCACCGGGACCUCCUUGUGUCUUUCAUCGUCGUCGAUCUUUUACCGCGUCAGCAACCGAUGCUCUAAAUACCUCAAACCAUCAUCAUCAUCACAUCCCGUUGUCAACCUCUUUUCCUUUAGUCACCACGAAAUUUCCUCAGAUAAAAUGUUUGCAGGUCAAACGCACGCGCUGUCAGUUAUACGGCGGGCUAAAAGGGAAGGGGCGGAAAUUUCCGGACGUUUCGGACAACGCUGCGAACAGAGAGCUUAACGCUUGACCUUCAGAUAAUUCUUUGUUCUGUUCAGAUUAUCAUGGCAUAAUGAUUUUCAUCCACGAAGUCAAGUCAGUUUAGUCAUAAUUCUGUUAAACACUCAAAGUUUCUGUGAAGUAUUUGUUCACUAUAAUGAAAGCUGUCUGUCAUGUACCUAUUUUUUUCCCCUAAAUAAACAACAAUUAAAUAAAA